AUGUUUGCCAAAGAGUACGUGCGGGACAUCUGCUCCUGGAAGUUACUUCAGAUGCCAAUUCGACUUAGGGGCAGAGUGGGGCUGCACCCCAACGUGUGUCAGAUAGAUGAAUUCUGCUUCUCGCACAAGCCCAAGCAUCACCGCGGACAUCCGGCACGGCAUCCAGUUUGGGUGUUCGGUAUUGUUGAUACCUCAACGACCCCUGCCACUGGAUACAUGGAAGUGGUACAACGUAGGGAUGCGGCAACCCUUCUGCCGAUAAUACAGGCUCACGUGCUGCCAAAUACAACAAUUCACAGCGAUGAAUGGAGAGCGUAUCAUCGCGCUAUCCAGCUUCCAAACAUUGCCAUUCACCAGACAGUCAAUCAUUCGUACCAUUUUCGAGACCCAGCAACCGGCGUUCAUACGAACCAUAUCGAAUCCUAUUGGAAUCGUGUAAAACUACGACUCAAACGAAUGAAAGGAUGCCACAGACACAUGCUACCAUCGUACCUUGACGAGAUUAUGUGGAGGGAGAGGUAUGGCAAACCCAGGCAGGAAGGUUUACAAGACCUUGUUGCUGACAUAGCAGCGCGAUACCCUGUACCUCACUGACAUUCUAGCAUUGUCUCACUUCUUGACUCAGUGGAAUUACAUAGAGUUUGUAGUUUAGUUGAACCGUUCCAGCAUAGCCUAGCUACUUUGUAAUUCUGUAAACAUUAC